AUGUCCUCGCUGACCGUCACAGAGCGGCACCUCUGGUUGACGCUCGCCGACAUAAGGGAGUCCGAGUGGGCUGUUUUCCUCAACGCCCCGUUCUCCGCCACCGGCCUCUUUGGCCCAUCGGUUAGCGGGAUCGUAGGCCGCUUCUCGGAGGUACAAAAGACCACGCAGGCUAUGAACCUUUUUCCGCUCGAGCUCACCCGCACGCCGCCCUCGGGACCAGCCUGCUCGAAGCCUCACUCAGCAUGUAAGUCCUGUGCCUGCUCACGAGCGCUCACACUUACUGACAAGCAUCUUACCCCCGGUGCGCCCCGUUCCUCGCACAAUAUGCUCCCCAUCCAAAGCCACCGGGACAUCGUGUAUAAAACGGCCAGCCAUCGCUGUCUGCGAGCCGCCAUAUUCGAGUACCGAGAGCGUGCGCACUGCACCCACACCUCCGAAUCAGCACAGUCAGAGAAAGAACUUAUUUCUCACAGAACGGUGCUUCUCAGUCACCUGGAAAGCCUGGGUCCCACGGUCAACUGGACCAAGAGCUCAUUACUGUCCAGUCAGUCAGCCUCUUUUCUGGGUAUAGACCUGGACUCUGUGGCAAUGACGGCCCGGCUGUCAACACAGCUCCGCUCAGACAACUUGUCUGUGGUGUCCUACGUGAACCACCAAGGCGGUGUCAGAUCCAGGAAUCUCUGCAAACUGAUGGAACGCCUUCUCGUGUGGGCCCAUCACUCGUUGCGCCUGCUGAGAGCCGCGCAUGUACCGGGCCUCGAGAAUGUCAGCCCAGACAGACUGUCCAGGGACAACAUUCCCCCGGGAGAAUGGUCCCUACACCCUCAGACAGUCCAGUCACUAUGGCGCCUUUUCGGCAAAGCGGAAGUCGACCUUUUUGCGUUAAAAGACAACGCUCAUUGCCUGAGAUUCUUCUCGAAGAGCGAGGAUGCGCUGGCCCAAACCUGGCCCAGCUGCCCGCUGUACGCUUUUCCUCCGAUCUUGCUGUUACCACAGGAAAUCAAGAGGAUCAGGGAAACGCGCCGCUCAGUGCUCCUCAUAGCCCCGCGAUGGGAGAACCAAACUUGGGUUCAACUUCCGAUCCCGAGCCUGGACCCACGCACAUGUGGGGUUUCGUGGGUGCUUUCCUUCCUUCAAGAGCUGUUGGAAAUAGCCAGGUCCCCUUCCACGCUUAAAGUGUACGUUGCGGCCAUUGCAGCGUUCACGGAGUUGGCGCGCGGCAAAGCGAUAGGAAGGAACGAGCUCAUCAUCCGCUUCCUCAAAGGAGCAAGGAGGAUGAAUCCCCCGCAGCUCCCUUCGGUUCCUAUUUGGGAUCUUUCUUUGGUUUUAGAGGCCCUGAAAGUGUUUCCCUUUGAACCGUUAGAAUCCGUGGACCUAAAAUACCUCUCGCUCAAGACCGUUUUUCUGAUAGCUCUGUCAUCAGUAAAACGUGUGGGGGAUCUACACGCGCUAUCUGUUAGCCCCGCGUGUCUCGAGUUCGGACCAAACGACUCUAAAGUUAUCCUCAAACCGAGACAUGGUUAUGUCCCCAAGGCGAUUGGCACGCCUUUUAGAGCACAGGUCAUCUCCCUAUCGGCUCUGCCAGCAUCCGAUAGCGAAGACAUAUGUGGGGCUUCUCUGGUAGAAGGGACUCUGCAGGAAAAGUGUGUGAACUUGGAUGCUUCUCAGAACUUAGAUGUUAACGGUUUCUAUCAGGAUGGUGAUGUGAUUAUCGGUACUCUCAUUAAUGUACACAACCUGGCUGCAACCCCUGACCUGAGCUUCACCAGAAAAGCUGAAUUAGGGCCGUGCUUAAAUUUUCAGGAACGUUCUGUUCACUGGCUUCAGGCGGUUGUGUUUGCAGUUGAAGAAAUUAACCAGAGCCCCACUCUGUUGCCGGGGGUCCGACUGGGUUAUCACAUAAUGGAUAGCUGUGCCCGAUACCCCAACGGUCUGAUGGCAGCUAUCUCAAUGAUCAGUGGAGGAAAUGAAACUUGUGGUACCAUUAGACCAGCCAAGCUCCUCAUUGGAGAUUCUUCUUCUACUCAGACCAUUCUUCUAUCCAGGACCCUGAGUCCCCUGCAAAUCGCAGUGAUCAGUUACCUGGCUAGCUGCCAAUGUCUCAGUGACAGACAAAAAUACCCUAAUUUCUUCCGCACUGUCCCCAGUGAUGCCUUUCAGGCACGCACCAUGGCACAGAUGGCCAAACGCUUUGGUUGGACCUGGGUUGGAGCUGUGGUUGGCGAUAAUGACUAUGGACGCGGGGCUGUGCAAAUAUUUGAAGAGGAAAUCAAGGGCUCGGGGAUCUGCUUAGCCUUUUUUCACACACUCUACAGGGAGCAAUUAACAAAGGAUGUGGCCCGUGCUGCCACAACAGUCCAAGCCUCUUCUGCCCGUGUGAUCUUGGUGUUUGCUUGGUAUGCAGAUGUUGAGGUUUUUCUCUUGGAAUUGAUCCGAAGGAAUGUGACAGACAGACUGUUCCUGGCAAGUGAGAUCUGGAGCACCAGUGAUCUCUUGGCCAAUCCCAAGCUCUACACCAUCUCUAAGGGAACACUAGGUGUGGCAUUAAGAAGCGUGCCUAUACCUGGUUUUGAUGCACAUCUCCGGCAGCUACAUCCUGCCCGUUACCCUGAUGAUGAAUUCUUGAGGAUCUUGUGGGAAAAUACAUUUGGCUGUAGCCCUACGGAUAGCUCUUCUAUGUUAAUUAAGAAAGCCUUGCCUCCAUGCAGUGGCAGAGAGAGUCUGGAAGGGGUUCACAGUCAAUUUACUGAUACUUCUCAUCUGACAGUGGCAUAUAAUGUUUACUUGGCAGUAUAUGCUGCUGCUCAUGCACUUCAUUCUUUGCUGGCGUGCACCCCGCAAAAAAACUCUGAUCCUAAAAUAAAACCAAAGUGCUCUUCUCCAGACAACAUCACUCCAGCACAGCUUUUACAGCACGUUAGACAAGUUAAUUUCACCACUCUGUUAGGAGAGGAGUUUUAUUUCCAGGAUGGCAGCAUUCCACCUGUCUAUGACCUAGUGAACUGGCAGAGAGCUCCUGAUGGUUCACUCCACUAUGUUUCCAUUGGGCGAGUAGAGGGAAACCAGCUCAUUAUUAAUGAGUCAGCCAUUACAUGGCCUGGAGACUCUGGGAAGAUGCCUGUAUCCAAGUGCACUUCUGAGUGUCCCCCUGGGACACGUAAAGCUAUUAAGAAGGGUCUUCCAGUGUGCUGUUUUGACUGCCUGCCUUGUACAGAGGGGGAAAUCAGCAAUAGUACAGGCUCAAUAAAAUGUUAUCGCUGUCCCCAAGAGUUCUGGUCAAAUAGUUUCAGAAAUGAAUGUGUGCCCCGUGAGACUGAGUUUCUCUCUGUUAGAGAAACAAUGGGCAUUACGCUGAUGGGUGUUGCUGUUUCGGGUGCUGUCAUUACAGCUACAGUGGCUGUUAUUUUCCUGUACCAUAGAAACACUCCAAUAGUUAAAGCUAACAACUCAGAGCUCAGCUUCCUGCUCCUGCUGUCUCUCAAACUCUGCUUCUUGUGUUCGCUAGUAUUUGUAGGCCAGCCAUCACUCUGGUCAUGUAGGAUUCAACAGGCUGUGUUUGGGAUCAGUUUUGUCAUGUGCAUCUCCUGUAUUCUGGUCAAGACUAUUGUGGUUCUAGCUGCAUUCCACUCCACUAGACCUGGAUCCUCAGCUCUUAUCAAAUGGUUUGGACCGGGCCAGCAGAGAAGAAGCGUUCUGGUCUUUACCUGCAUUCAGGUGGUUAUCUGUGCCAUUUGGCUCUCUGUCAGUCCGCCUUCACCUCGCCGUAACUUUGGAGUCCAGGGUUCAAAGGUCAUCCUUGAGUGCACAGUUGGGUCAGUUGUGGGAUUUGCCUGUGUACUGGGCUACAUUAGCUUUCUGGCUGCUGUCUGCAUCCUGUUGGCCUUCUUUGCCCGCAAACUUCCAGAUAAUUUUAAUGAGGCGAAAUUCAUUACGUUCAGCAUGUUGAUCUUUUGUGCUGUGUGGAUUACUUUUGUGCCAGCAUAUGUGAGCUCACCAGGGAAGUACAGCGUAGCUGUGGAAAUUUUUGCCAUCUUGGCCUCUAGUUUCGGACUCUUGUUUUGUAUCUUUGUCCCAAAAUGUUACAUUAUUUUACUGAAGCCAGAAAACAACACUAAAAGUUUUCUUAUGGGAAAAGCAUAA